GAGAAUGGCUAUGUAUGGCGGCGCCCACAGUUCUACGCUUCGAGCGGGCUGUUCGUUCUGCUUUGUCUUCAGUGUAACUUUGUGCACAACAUAACCCUUUUGUUGUUUCCACCUGGGUUCCUGUAAAAGCUUCGUUGAUCGCCCGCCUUCUGUUACUUGACAUUGGUUGUAGUUGUCUUGUGACACAUUAGUGAUUCUGCAGUGCCUUCGCAGUAGCAAUUUCGCAUCCUACGGCGUGUCUCGUGCUUACCACGUAGGAACUGCGCAGUUGGCUUGGAAUUUGUUGCUGGUCACUCGAAGGAACAACGAAAUGGAUCAAGCCUUCGGAAGACUGAAGUACCUAAUCAAGAUCGAGACUGUUGUCAUCGACAACCAUGUGUUUAGGCUCCACUACAAGGUGACAGUUGCAUUGCUACUCGCUUUCACUAUAUUGGUCACGAGUCGGCAGUACAUUGGCGACCCAAUAGAUUGCAUUUCCAAAGACAGUGUGCCCAAUCAAAUACUCGACACAUUUUGCUGGAUUCAUUCGACGUUCAGCGUAACAGGCGCAUGGGACAAAAAGGUUGGAGUGCAAAUCCCGUACCCUGGAGUGGAUACAUACACACCCGGUGAUGCACGAGUGUAUCACGGUUACUACCAGUGGGUUUGUUUCGUUUUGUUUCUACAAGCCGUCCUUUUCUAUGCGCCACGUUACCUGUGGACGGCUUGCGAAGGACGCAAGAUCGAGACGAUACUUCUCGACCUGAAUUCUCCCGUGUUAGGCGACGACAAACGAGAACCAAACAGAAAACUUCUUCUGGAUUACCUCGUGAACAACAUGGGAUAUCAUAAAGUGUACACCUUCCACUAUUUCCUCUGUGAGGUUUUGAACUUUGUGAACGUGAUCGGCCAAAUAUACCUCAUGGACGAAUUUCUCGGUGGCGAAUUCACGACGUACGGUACCAAAGUACUCGAGUUUACGGAGUGGGAUUGGGACAUCAGGUACGACCCAAUGAUCCGUGUGUUUCCACGGCUUACGAAGUGCACGUUCUAUAUGCAUGGAAGUUCCGGAGAUGUGCAGAAGUACGAUGCCAUAUGCAUCCUUCCGAUCAACGUCAUUAACGAGAAGAUUUAUGUGUUCCUAUGGUUCUGGUUCGUUAUCUUGUCAGUACCGUCGGGACUCGCUAUCAUCUACCGCUCAGUGCUCCUUUUGUGGCCGGCAGCCAGAUUUCACGUAUUGAAGUUAAGCGCACGUCUCGCAAACUCAACUAGCCUCGAACGCGUUCUGAAGCGGUGCGACGUGGGAGAAUGGUUUCUCCUGGAUUUGCUAGCCAAGAAUAUGGAUCCCGUUCACUACAGAGAUCUCAUUUCUGACCUGGAAAAACAAAUGGAAUGCCAAGUUCUGAUGUACUUUGGAAUGAACCUAGGUACCAACAUAUCCCGUAGAUCUUACACCUAAAAGCAUUGGGGAAUCCUGUCUAUAAUACUACCGUCCCUGUUAUUUGGUCUCAUGUUUUAACAGCCCACACGUACACAGAUAUUAGUAUUAUAUAUUAGUCUAUUUCAAAAUUAACCUUGACCGAGGACAUAUAUCGUGCGUGUUCGCUCGGAGCGACUUGGCGACCAUGUUAUUCAUGUACGAACCUUUUUUGAUCCGAUGAGGGACAUCCUUGAUGUCAGAACUUACACCGCCGCGUGUUGUGUGGUAGCUCUGAAAUACAGCUCUCCGCAACGUUAACUUGAACGCGGCCACGGCUGCGGAGCAGCUGGAGACCCACCCUGUCGGCGCUAUGUAGAACUAUAGGGAAAGAGCGUUGUGGGCUAUCCCGCUCAUGCUUUGAGGCGUGUGUCGAGAAGCAGGCGCUACGCUCCGAAUGUGCGGAGGGGAGCUUCUCGACAAACACCCCCCCCCCCCCCCAACCCGAGUGGGAUAGCCCACAACGCUCUAUCCCUGUAGUCCUACGUAGCGGCGACAGCGUAGCUCUCCAACUGCUCCGCCAGCCGUCGCCGCGUUCAACUUAACGUUGCGAGGGGCCGUGCAUUCUAACAACUUGUUACAUGUUUACACUGCUGGCACAUUUUUGUUUUUUCACAGUAAAUGAUCCUUGAGGAACGAUGAGCUUGUUUUUGCA